AACAACAAAAUAUAAAGAAAAACUAUAUGAAAAUCACUAAGUUUCUUGUCGUGGUGUUCAUUGGAGUUGUGUGUGCUCAUGUUGGCGCAAGGCAACUCCGAGGACUGCCCGAGUUAUUCAUGAAUCAAAAAUUAGAAACUCAGCCUGUUUGUUCCGCUGGUGGCGGUGGAGGUGGCGGUGGAGGAGUUACCAUUAACGGAACCAACGGCAAUGAAAACGGCAACUCAAAUGGAAAUGGAAAUGGGAGUAGACGCAGGGACUGUCCCGGAGGCAUAACUGUUGGAGGUGGAGGUGGAGGUGGUGGCGGUGGCGGUGCUGGCGGCGGUGGUAAUGGUGACUUUAGUGGUUAUGGUAACGGCAGUGGCUAUGGUAACGGUAGCGGUAGUGUCAGUGGCCAUGGUGUGUAUGCCACAGGUGGAGGUGGCGGAGGUGGCGGUGGCGGUGGCGGUGGCAGUAACAGUGCUAGCAGUAGUGGAAGCGGAAGUGGUAGUGGCAGUGGCAAUGGAACUGUUAGUGGCCCUGGUGUGUAUGUUAGUGUAGGUGGUAGUAGUGGUGGCGGUGGCGGUGGUGGUGGCAGUGGUGGUGGUGGUGGUGGUAUUGAUGGUAGCGCGAGUGGUAGUGGUAGUGGUAGCGGCAACGGAGAUGGAAAUAUAGAGUGAUGCAAAUUUGUUGUUGGCCAGCUUUAUAUAUAUUUGAGUCCUUAGUCUAAGCUUCUUUAUGUGUAAUAUACUAUAGAAACAGUUUCAUAUCAAAUUCCUAAUA